UGUAGUGGACCCUGCGGCCCAUCAGCCCACCAGCAAUGCGAACAGCCAGCCCAUGCGAUCACCGGCGCCACCCGACCCGUACACUCCGGCCGCCGUCCUCCGCCUCCUCCGGCGCCUCCCCCGCCGGAGCUCCGCCGCCGCCACUGGCCACCAACUCCACGCACUGCUCGCCAAGCUCGACCUCCUCCACCACCCUGCCUGCCUCGCCGGUCUCCUCUCUCACCUCCCGCCCGCCUCCCCGUCAUCCCUCUCCCUCCUCCUCGCCGCGCCUCCGUGCGUGCUCUCCCCGUCCCUCUUCUGCCCCGUGAUCUCCGCCUUCUCCUCGUCGCCGGCUCCGUCCGCCUCGCUGACACUCUUCAACCACGUCUCCUCCCUCUCCAUCCCCACCCCGCUCCCCGCCUUCCCGGCCCUCCUCAAAUCCUGUGCCCGCGCGUUCAGGCUCAGCCGUCGCGCUCGCGCCGCCGUGUUUGCUGCCAAGGGCGCCGAGCUGCAUUGCCGCGUCUUGAAGCUGGGAUGCGGGCAGGAUCGGUACGUGCAGAACGCGCUCGUGUCCAUGUACGGCCAGUUCGGUCGUCUGGGGGAGGCGAGGAAGGCGUUCGAUGAAAUGCCUGUGAAGAAUGCCGUCUCCUGGAAUGCACUUGUCGUGGCUCAUGGUGUCUCUGGAGACUUGCAGGGUGCAGAGCGUGUCUCUCAGGCAACUCCAGAAAGGAACAUAUCAUGGUGGAACUCUGAGAUCAUGCGAAAUGUGAGGCUCGGGGAUUUGGUCGAGGCAGCGAGAAUUUUCAGAGACAUGCCUGAGAGGGAUGUCAUAUCUUGGAACUCAUUGAUUAGUGGAUAUGCAAAGCUCGGGAUGUAUAGCCGAGCACUAGACGUUUUCCGAGAUAUGUGGAAGAAUGACAUCGAACCCACGGAGCUAACAGUCGUGUCGGCUCUUGGGGCUUGUGCGGAGGUGGGUGAGCUAGAGCUGGGGAGGGGAAUCCAUGAUUACCUUAAGAGCAAAGGAAUUGAAGCUGAUGGGUAUGUUGGCAACGCUCUGGUUGAUAUGUAUGCAAAAUGUGGUAACUUGAAGCUCGCCAGACAAGUCUUCGACAGCAUGUCAAUCAAGGAUGUUACAUGCUGGAACACGAUGAUUGUUGGGUUGUCAGUCCAUGGCCACUCGCAUGAUGCCCUUAAGCUGUUUGAUCUUAUGAAUAUUGAGCCUGAUCAUGUCACGUUUUUGGGUGUUUUGACUGCUUGCAGCCACAGCGGCCUAUUGAAUGAGGGGAGAGUGUAUUUCAAGAGCAUGAUCGAAGACUACAAAAUUGUGCCAAGCAUGAAGCACUAUGGCUGUAUAAUCAACAUGCUCUGCCGCUAUGGUAAAGUUCACGAGGCUUAUCAAAUGAUCAAUGAUAUGCCCGUCAAGGCAAACUCUGUGCUGUGGAAGAUGGUUAUGGCUGCAUGCAGAGUGCAUGGGCAUUUUGACAUUGCUGACAGAGCUGUUCAUAGAAUGCAUGAGUUGAUGCCAAUGGAUGAUGGGGAUGUUAUCACAGUAUCAAAUGCGUAUGCAGAAGCAGAACGGUGGGAUGAUGUUGAACAUCUGAGAACAAAGGUGAUUGGAUGCAGCGGUUCAAAGCAUGCUGCGCACAGUCAAGUUCAUGUAAAAUAGAGAACCAAAUACAGUUGUCACAAACUGCAUGGAGCAAUGAACGGUCUGAACUGCAGGAGCCCCUCUUGUGUGCUGGGUCUUAUCGCUGAGGGAUCGUAGCUCCAUUGGCCGUGUUGUUGGCCACUAUGGAGUGCAUACUUGUUUCAUACUCCUAUCUGUGAUUCAAAAGGUAGUGAUUGAUGACAGAUCGUUUCUAUUCCCAAAGGAUUGUCUGAAGUCCUGAAACUUUAUUGAUCUGGCAGCACUGUUUUACAAGACAAUGUGAUCAAGAGUAGCCUCGCUUGGAACUUGAAAGUGCAACAAACAAGUCAAGCAACAGAAGUCAUUGGCCGUCGACGGUUCCCAUACUGAUCGAAAAUCACAGUUCAUCGUUGUAAAAAAAAAAGAAAAGAAAAGUGCUCAAUAAUUCAGUGAAGUAGGCUGCAUUUUUGUAUGAAAGUAAUAGAUAGAUGCGUAUUGUUACUGCACAUCUGCACGCAAAGAGAGGACGAGCGAAAGAAACAUCUGCUUGUUGGAGCCAUGUACAGAAAGGUUUGUCCUGAGAACAUACUCCGAAAGCUA